CAUGCAUAAAUGACCCGGUCGAACGGCACAAAUUCUAAUCAUUCCCUCUCACCAUCAUUUACGCCGCCGAUGCCCUUGUGGAUCUAUCACCUAUCGCCAUGGGUUCCAUAACACUCAACGCAACGCAGUCUAGCUCCGAGUUCAGAAUCCUGACUCCUAAUGCUAUGCUUGGCUAUGGUUACAAUGUCGACCAUUUUUGGUAUGGAAUACAGCAUUAUCAUCCAGCAGCAAUCAUCGUGGACAGUGGGUCUACAGAUGGAGGACCGUACAAACUUGGUAUGAAUAAGAUGACGUGUGGCCGGGGCUCAUAUGUUCGAGAUCUUGAGCCCAUUCUCGCUGCUUGCUUUCAUGCCAAGGUAAAGGUCUUGAUAUCAUCAGUGGGUGGCGAUGGCAGCACUAAGCAUGUUGCUGAGAUGUUGGAAAUCGUUUCGACAAUCGCUAAAGAAAAGGGUUAUCACUUCAAGAUUGCAACAAUCGAUGCUGGAAUCAGUCGGGAUCUGAUCAAGAGUCGCAUAAAAGAUGGAGCUGUCAGCCCCUGUGGUCCCGUUGAUCCCCUUCGUACAGAGGAUGUCGAUGCCGCCGUCGAUGUCGUUGCCCAGAUGGGCGCUGAACCAUACAUCGAAGCACUGAAAGGAGAACCUGAUAUUAUUCUAGGAGGGCGAUCCUACGAUCCCGCGCCUUUUGCGGGCUUCUGUAUCUCCCGUGGCGUACAAGACGGUGUGGCAUGGCACAUGGGCAAAAUUAUGGAAUGUGGCGGCAUCUGCGCGGUGCCGAAAGGACGAUCAAUGAUUGCCACGGUCAGAUAUGACUCCUUUGAUUUGACGCCACUGGCUCCAGGAGAACGAUGCACCCCACUCUCGGUUGCAUCGCAUACACUGUAUGAAAAAACUCGACCCGAUCGACUGCCAGGUCCUGGCGGAAUACUCAAUCUCGAUAAGGCACAAUACGAGCAAAUCACGGAAAAGACCUGCCGCGUUUCUGGAGCCCAGUUCGUCAAGACUCCCUAUCAGAUAAAGCUGGAAGGCGUAGAACACUUGGGAUUCAGGACUAUCUUCAUUGGUGGUAUACGUGAUCCAAUCCUAAUCGCUCAGAUCGACGAUUUUCUCGAACGCGUGCGAGAAUACACAAAAGGCCUCUUUCCUGAACUGGACCAGUCUGAACAAUGCCGUUUGAUAUAUCAUGUGUAUGGUAAGAAUGGAGUGAUGGGUCUGUUGGAGCCGGUACAAGCAACCCCACAUGAGAUAGCUGUACUGGGCGAGGUGAUCGCACCAUCGCAAGAACUAUCACAUACCAUUGCCAACAAUGCGCGUGCAUCGAUUCUGCACUUUGCAUAUCCUGGACAGAUGGCAACUACCGGAAACUUUGCUAGCCCUCUUUCGCCACAUGAGCAAGAAGCUGGUGCAGUAUUCAAAUUCAGCCUUUAUCAUCUAGUAGAUUUGGAAGAUGGCGAAGAAAAAUCCUUGUUUCCCGUCACUUACCACCAUGUCAGUUCCACAACGACUCCCCAAGCACAUAAGCCUUUAGCAGGUGAGAAGCUGCACGCACUUCAAAAUGGAAGCCUUGUUCCUCUUUCGAUCAAAGAAAUCCCAACAGGCUCCGGAGAGCUGAGCCAGUUUGCGAAGAUCAUUCGAUCAAAGAACUCUGGUCCUUUUGAGCUUACGCUGGAUGUCAUGUUCGACAAUCAAGAGGCCUACCAACGAGUCAAAGUUGCGAAUGUUCUCACAAACGAUACGAUCAAACAGCUGUAUCGAGUCUCUGAGGAUCAAAUCAUCACCAACAUGUACUUUGAUCCAGCUAUGGCAUGGAAAUGUACCAUUAAGCGUCCCUGGGCUCAAGGAAGUGUUGGGGAACGGGACACACUUGGUACACAGCAGCAUGCACCACUGCUUGGUAUACAGAUUCCAGCGAAUAGCAACACCGGCCUAGGCACUCAGAUCAACGGCACACCCAACGAAGAUAUUAAAAAUGGUAUCGAUCGUGCGCCACUACCAAACGGUAACAGAUCGAUUACUUCCGCACCUGACAAGAUUCAAUCAGGCAACAUGCCAUUGGGCUCAUCCGCACAAUAUCUCGAUAGGACGCAACAUCGAGCAAUCGAUAUAGUUAGUGAGGUGUGGGCUGGUAUGGAACUACCAAGUACAGCCAUCCAAUCAGUAUCGCUCCCUGGAGAUGAUGGAAACGGCCCACCUGCACUGCCAUCAUCAUACAAAAUAGGCCAUCUAUCCCAAAGCUCUAUAGCUAUUUCAGCGCUCGCAGCUGCCCAGUUUCACGCACUACGCAAUGGUACCGCCGUCCCUGGAGUGACUGUUGAUCGGAAACACUCUGCAAUAGAAUUCAAAUCAGAACGACUCUACAAGCUAGCUGGGCAACCAGCUCCAAAUCCUUGGGGGGACAUCGGGGGUUUGCACAGGACAUCUGACGGCUAUGUCCGCAUCCACGAUUCAUUCCCAAAUCACAAAGACGGUUCACUAGAUCUACUAGGUCUGUCACAUAAGGCAUCUCGAAAAGAUGUAUCAGCACGCACAGCAGAAUGGGCAAGUAUCGAUCUUGAAUCUGUAGGUGUAAUCGAGCAGCGCGUCGCUAUUUAUGCCCUCCGAAGCUAUCAGCAGUGGGAUAAAUUGCCACAAGCUCGUGCGAUAGGCAACCUACCGAUAAUGAUCAAGGCGAUCGGAGCUGCACCCAAAGGAAUACCUCCUAGAUUAGGUGGGAACAAUGACAAAUGUCUUCGCGGUCUCCGUGUAGUGGAGAUGAGUCGAGUGAUCGCUGCUCCACUCGCCGGAAAGACGUUGGCAGCGCACGGUGCUGAUGUUCUUUGGGUCACAUCGCCAAAUCUUCCAGACUUGCCAACAAUGGACCGGGACUUUGGCCGUGGAAAACGAACGAUUCAAUUGGACAUCAAUAAGCCGGAUGAGCUUGAGCAACUCAAAGCUUUGAUAAAAACGGCGGAUGUCUUCAUACAGGGGUUCCGUCCAGAAUCAUUAGCAGCACGUGGGUUGUCCCCGCAAGAUGUAAUCAAGUUGAACCCGGGAAUCAUAUAUGCCAACAUGUCCGCAUUUGGCCCUAACGGGCCGUGGCGUGGUCGACGGGGAUUUGAUUCACUGGUCCAAACCUGUAGUGGCAUGAAUGUGUCAGAAGCUGAGCAUCAUGGCACUGGGGAACCAGCAAGACCUACGCCAUGUCAGGCUCUGGAUCAUGCAGGUGGCUAUUUGCUUGCCGCUGGGAUCAUCGGAGCAUUGUGUCACCGGGCCAUGGAAGGAGGAUCCUGGCAGGUUGAUGUUUCUCUAGCUGGGUGCAUGAAAUACCUACGCAGCUUAGGGCAGUAUCCCGGAAGGUCAGGAUUCGACUGCCAGGAUUAUGAGAAGACAGAAGACGUUGAAGAAUAUCUGGAAUCGCGCGAAAGUGCCUUUGGUUUGUUGCAAGCUGUUCGGCACAGUGCAAGCAUUGAGGGUUGUCCGGUUGGUUGGGAGGUCAUGCCAAAACCACUAGGCAGUGAUGUCGCUGCAUGGCUAUCGUGAUUCAAUUCCCGUAGAGCAGACCGUAGAUUCAUAUUUGGGAUAGAAGGAGAUUAGACAAUUAUG